AUGUACAUGGACAACGAGGAUCUCAUCGGAAACUGGUUCAAGGCCAACCCUGGCAAGCGCGAACAAAUCUUCCUUGCCACCAAGUUUGCCAACCUGCGUGACGAGCAGGGUAACCCUAUCGUUGACUCGUCGCCCGAGUACUGCAAGAAGGCUUGCGACAAGUCACUUUCUCGUCUCGGAGUGAAGAACAUCGAUCUCUACUACGCACAUCGUCUGGACGGCAAGACUCCAGUCGAGAAGACGGUCCAAGCCAUGAAGGAGCUCAAGGAAGCUGGCAAGAUCAAGUAUCUCGGUCUGUCAGAGGUCAGCAGCGAAAGCUUGCGCAGAGCCUAUGCCGUACACCCCAUCACAGCAGUCCAGAUCGAGUACUCUCCCUUCUCUCUCGACAUCGAGAGUGAGCAGAUUGGCCUGCUCAAGACAUGCCGCGAGUUGGGCGUCGCCGUCGUCGCGUACUCUCCUAUCGGACGCGGAAUGCUGGGCGGCUCCAUCAGAUCUCCGGAUGACUUCGAGGAGGGAGACUUCCGUCGUUUCGCCCCUCGUUUCAGUGCCCAAAACUUCCCCAAGAACCUCAAGCUGGUGGACCAGAUCACCGAGAUUGCAAAGAAGAAGGAUCUCACUGCUUCUCAAAUCACCUUGGCCUGGUUGAUGGCUCAAGGCGAUGACAUCUUCCCCAUCCCCGGAACCACCAACCUCAGCCGCGUCGACGAGAAUCUGGGCGCAUUGAAGGUCAAGCUUACUGAUGAGGAGAAUAACGAGAUUCGCAAGGCUUGCGAAGCUGCGGAGGUUGCUGGUGGAAGAUACCCCGAGGCCUUUUCUAAGGCUCUGUUCGCCGAUACCCCUGCUCUUUAA